UGGCAGCGGCCGCGGGAGCAGGAUGCGGGUCCGAGUUGGGCUGACGCUGCUGCUCUGUGCGGUGCUGCUGGGCUCGGCCUCGGCGUCCUCAGAUGAAGAAGGCAAUCAAGAUGAAUCCUUAGAUUCCAAGACUUCUUUGUCAUCAGAUGAGCCUGUAAAGGACCACAACACAGCUGGCAGAGUAGUCGCUGGUCAGAUAUUUCUUGAUUCAGAGGAAUCAGAAUUAGAAUCACCUAUUCAAGAAGAGGAAGAAAGCCUCAGGAGCCAAGAAGGGGAAAGUGUUGCAGAAGAAAUCCGCUUUCUAGAAUCUCCAAAUCCAGAAAACAAGGACUACGAAGAACCAACGAAAGUACGGAAACAAGCUCUGACUGCCAUUGAAGGCACAGCCCAUGGGGAGCCCUGCCACUUCCCUUUUCUGUUCCUGGAUAAGGAAUAUGACGAAUGUACAUCAGAUGGGAGAGAAGAUGGCAGAUUGUGGUGUGCUACAACCUAUGACUACAAGGCAGAUGAAAAGUGGGGCUUUUGUGAAACUGAAGAAGAGGCUGCUAAACGGAGGCAAAUGCAGGAAGCGGAAAUGAUGUACCAGACAGGGAUGAAAAUCCUCAACGGAAGCAACAAGAAAAGCCAGAAAAGAGAAGCAUAUCGGUAUCUUCAGAAGGCAGCAGGCAUGAAUCAUACCAAGGCCUUGGAGAGAGUAUCCUAUGCUCUUUUGUUCGGUGAUUACCUGACACAGAAUAUCCAGGCAGCUAAAGAGAUGUUUGAAAAACUGACUGAGGAAGGCUCUCCUAAGGGACAAACUGCUCUUGGCUUUCUCUAUGCCUCCGGACUUGGUGUUAAUUCAAGUCAGGCAAAGGCCCUUGUAUAUUAUACUUUUGGAGCUCUUGGGGGCAACCUAAUAGCGCACAUGGUUUUGGGUUAUCGGUACUGGGCUGGCAUCGGAGUCCUCCAGAGCUGUGAAUCGGCACUGACUCACUAUCGUCUUGUUGCCAAUCAUGUUGCUAGUGAUAUCUCGCUGACAGGAGGCUCAGUAGUACAGAGAAUACGGCUGCCUGACGAGGUGGAAAAUCCAGGAAUGAAUAGUGGAAUGCUGGAAGAAGAUUUGAUUCAAUACUAUCAGUUCCUAGCAGAAAAAGGGGAUGUACAAGCACAGGUUGGUCUGGGGCAACUGCAUCUGCAUGGAGGGCGUGGAGUAGAACAAAAUCAUCAGAGAGCAUUCGACUACUUCAAUUUAGCAGCUAAUGCUGGCAAUUCACAUGCCAUGGCCUUCUUGGGAAAGAUGUAUUCAGAGGGAAGUGAUAUUGUACCACAAAGUAAUGAGACAGCUCUUCACUACUUUAAGAAAGCUGCUGACAUGGGCAACCCAGUUGGACAGAGUGGACUUGGAAUGGCUUACCUCUAUGGAAGAGGAGUUCAAGUUAAUUAUGAUCUCGCACUAAAGUAUUUCCAGAAAGCUGCUGAGCAAGGCUGGGUGGAUGGGCAACUGCAGCUCGGCUCUAUGUACUAUAAUGGCAUUGGAGUCAAGAGGGAUUAUAAACAGGCCUUGAAGUAUUUUAAUUUAGCUUCUCAGGGAGGCCAUAUCUUGGCUUUCUAUAACCUAGCACAGAUGCACGCCAGCGGCACAGGUGUGAUGCGAUCGUGUCACACUGCAGUGGAGUUGUUCAAGAACGUAUGUGAACGAGGCCGCUGGUCUGAGAGGCUUAUGACGGCCUAUAACAGCUAUAAAGACGGCGACUAUAAUGCUGCCGUGAUCCAGUACCUCCUGCUGGCCGAACAGGGCUACGAGGUGGCGCAGAGCAAUGCAGCCUUCAUUCUCGAUCAGAGGGAAGCCACCAUUGUGGGGGAGAACGAGACUUACCCCAGAGCUCUGCUGCACUGGAACAGGGCUGCCUCGCAAGGCUAUACUGUGGCUAGAAUUAAGCUUGGAGACUACCAUUUCUAUGGCUUUGGCACUGACGUAGACUACGAGACUGCAUUCAUUCAUUAUCGUCUAGCAUCGGAGCAGCAACACAGCGCACAAGCCAUGUUCAAUCUGGGAUAUAUGCAUGAGAAAGGACUGGGCAUUAAGCAGGACAUUCACCUCGCAAAACGUUUUUAUGACAUGGCGGCUGAAGCCAGCCCAGACGCACAAGUACCAGUCUUCUUAGCACUCUGCAAAUUGGGUGUGGUGUAUUUCUUGCAGUACAUACGGGAAACAAAUAUUCGAGAUAUGUUCACCCAGCUUGACAUGGACCAGCUUUUGGGACCUGAGUGGGACCUUUACCUCAUGACCAUCAUCGCGUUGCUCUUGGGAACAGUUAUAGCAUACAGGCAGAGGCAGCACCAAGACAUGCCUCUGCCCAGGCCCCCGGGGCCCCGGCCAGUGCCAGCACAGCAGGAGGGGCCGCCAGAGCAGCAGCCGCCUCAGUAACAGCCACCGUGUCCAGCCGUGAGCAGUGACAACCAAGGAAGUUGUUUACCGAGAACACUUGGAUUUGAUACCGGACUUCGGAUCAGCGGUCACCUCCUGGAAGAGGCACAAGGAAGCAUUGAGUUCCUAAAGCUGCUUAGAAUCUGAUGCCUUUAUUUUCAGGGAUAAGUAACUCUCACCUAAACGGAGUUGAAUGUUUGUUUCAGUGCCGUUCGGAAUAACAGCUCUCAGUGGGCCCCCCAUUUUUUUCUGGAAACAUAUGAGACACUCAAUGUCUGCUCUACCCAGCUGUCUUUCUUGGGUCCUUUCGGUCAUUCUCUCAAUGUGCAUAAGUUCUUCUGUCAACCACCUUUAGGGUCUUAUGCAUCAACACUAAAAACUGAUCACUGUAAAAAGGAAAAACCAGUUAGUUGCAAGUUUAACCUUAACAUGUUUGAAAGUCUGAAAUCAGAACUUGCCUUUUAAGUAAAAAAA